CAUGAUACAGGAGCUUGGGAUACCUCCAGACCAGGCUAUAGCAGACUUCAACAGCGCGCGAGGCCACGAGCAGGAACGCCAGAACUACUUGGCCAACCUUCGGCGGGCAUCCUGGCUUCAGGGCACGCCCUCAACCCCUUCCACGCCCUCCGCCGUCCGUAAGGCGGCGUCAUCAGACGAGGAAAGGAGCGACGCCGAGACCCCGACCUCCGCGCCCCCCAUCCGAAGGUGGAGCGGCCCUCAGCGAGAGGCCGGCGACGAGGGCUGGGCGCCGUGGAAGGGCGCUUCUCCGAAGACCCGCUACCGUAGCUCCCCGUACUCGAGGCAGCCUUCGCCCCAUGGCGCCCGCCGCUACUACGACGAGCGGUACCAGGGCCGUGUGGCGCCGCAGUACGAUCCCUAUUUCUACCAGGAGCGGGGUUCGGGCGUGGGCCCGCAUCGCUCCAUGCCCCACUGGUCGCGCAGGCAGCAGCAGGAGCAGGCCGCCGGCGUCCGGGGCCCUCCUCGGCAAUACCGCGGGCCGCGACCCUACCGGAGUCCCGCCAGGCGAGAGGAAGAGUUCCUGCUCAAGUCGGAAGAGCCGAACACCCCGAACGGCGCCCUCCUCGCGACGCCGCCCUCCCGACGUGACCAGAGCUCAUCGCUGCCUCGCACGCCGUACUGGCCCGGCGCUGCCGACGGGCCGAGACGCCGCGCCUUCAGCCCCGGCGCAGAGGACAACGUGUUCAGCCCCGUGACUCCGCACAGGCGCUCGGCGAGAUGGAAUCCCUACUAACGCCCUUGACCCGCUUCCCGACACCCUUGACCCGCGUCCUGACACUGGCAGACCUCGUCUUCUGACCUCUCUCGGACCUCCUUGCUGGUGCUUCGACGUAAAAGCCUUCGCUCACUUAUUUCUAUUAAUGAGCAUCCAGUAGGGUUAUUUGUGUAAAUUUCUUAGGGAUUUUUUAAAUUGUUAUGGGAUGUGUUUAUUUGAUGUACAUCAUUCAUCAAACUGGCGGGUGAGUUGAUUUCCAACGUUGUUUUUUUUUUAUGUAUGCUAGGUCUUACUCUGCUGAAUGUGUAAAUGUGUAAAAAUGUAAACCGAGUUGGAAUUCUUGGUAAAUCUUUGAAUAAAUCUUGCCAUAUUUUACAGGAAGACCGUCUUCCUAAUCUUGAUUUAUAUUGGAGAAAAAGUGUUUGGCUGUAAGCUCAAGAAAAUGCAAUUUGCAUAUUAGCUUAUGUUUUAUUCUUAUUUUUCUUUCUUUGUGUGUGUGUGUGUGUGUGUGUGUGUGCGUGCGUGCGUGCGUGCGUGCGUGCGUGCGUUUUUUCCGUAACAUAGUAUUCGGGCAAGCAUAUUUAUUACAUGAUAUUAGGCGUUAGUUCAUGAAAUGAGGAACAGGUAGGAUCAUUUGUAAUAUUGUGAAUUCUUGCUAUUUUGAGUAUUUUAGAAUCAAACGAUUGUAUAAAUAGGGUCUGUAUAAACGUAUUACUUGUACUAUAUAUUAUGAUUUAGAAGUGUACUUACGUGUUUUUUUCAAGUGCAGACGGCAUCGAGUAUAUGUGGACAGCGGCCACUUACAAAAGAUUGAGAACCGACCCAAUGAAUAUUCACGCAUGCGAACAUGUAUAUAAACAAAAAUGAAUGUAUCUGUCUCUCUAUCGGAUAGAUAGACAUUUAUAUAUCUAUAUAUCAGGUAGAUAUGCAUAUUUGUGUAUAUGCAUGUCCGUAUAGUGAAAAUUUAUUGGGUCGGGCCUCGCACAAUUUUAACAACCCGGCCGAAAGACCGUACUCACGCACUACUGACAUAAUAAGCAAACCACCAGAUUUUACGUAACUAAUACGAAUGCAAUUUCUUUUGUUUUCCUUUCUUGUUUCAACCAAUUCAAAUAUUAUUUCGUCUGAUUUAUUACACAGUUGUUUCUACAUUAUUGUAAAAUGAAUACAUUGUAUAUCAGUAUAAACAGUAUAUUUAUAUAAAAUGAAAGAAGUAUUUGAAACAAAUAGUCAGUGUUAUAGGUACUAAUACGUAAGUACCAUAUUGUCUUUAUAUUUUUGUCACAGCCUUGUAUGCUAGAUUGUAAAAAAGUAUCAAGACAU